UCCAGUGAACACGCAGACAGUCUGUCUUCAGUCUGGGUCGUGGAUUUGCUCAUGUCUCCUGGGAUUAUUUUGUAAUAUUCAGUGAACUUGUCUUCCUGUUGUGUUGAUCUCUGUAGUGGAUCCUGCAGUCAGAGGCUCGGUGGAUUUGUUAUUUGUAGAAGGAAGAUGAGUGGUUUUCUGUACUUCAUCCUCCCUGCUCUGGGUGGAUACGCUCUCACCUCGAUGUACCUGCUGAAGAACCCGCUCAUUUUACACAGGAAGAAACGCACGGCCUUCUUCAGCACACACAUCUCACACAGAGGAGGAUGUGGAGAGAGGAUAGAAAGCACGAUGGAGGCGUUCACGCACGCCGUGGAGCAAGGCACACAGAUGGUGGAGCUCGACUGUCAUCUGACGCAUGAUGGACACGUGGUGGUGUCACAUGAUGAGAAUCUGCAUAGACAGACCGGACACAACAUUACCAUGUCCGCACUCAAUCUACAGGACCUUCCUCUGUACAAAGGGAGACUGGAGGUGACGUUUCACACAGGUUGUUUCAGCAGCGGUGCAGACAGGAAGUUUGCUCUGCUGGAGGACUUUUUCAGGAAGUUUCCUGAGAUCCCCAUCAGCAUUGAGAUUAAAGAGAACAACACUCAGCUUAUACAAAAGGUGUCUGACUUGGUGAAACGCUACAACAGAGAUGAGCUCACAGUGUGGGCCACCGUGAACUCCAGCAUCAUGAAGAAAUGCCGCAAAACGAACAGCUCCAUGCCGUACAGUUUCACAAUGAAUAGAGGGGUUCUGCUGCUGCUUCUUUACUACAGCGGCCUGCUGCCCUUCGUGCCUCUGGGAGAGAGUCUGCUGCAGUUUUACCUGCCGCGCAUCAUCAACAGGACGUUUAUUCCUCAGAAACACAUCCUGAGGAACAGACUGCUCAUCGCUCUGUUAGAAAAAGUCACGAUGAGGAAGAGUCUUUUUAAUCACCUCGCAGCUCGAGGAAUUCAGGUUCAUCUGUUUGUGUGCAACAAAGAGGAAGACAUCAAGGCUGCGUUUGAAGUAGGGGCCACAGGGGUCAUGACCGACUACCCAACUCUCCUGUCGAGCUACCUCUGCAGGAACAGAAGUCAGGACUGAUCCCAGACACACCCACACAUAUCAACAGCAACAACAAACUCAGGAAAAGGCAGCUUUAAAAAACAAACUGUGAAAGAGAAGAAAGCACAAGAAGUGUGAGUCCUCUCUGUUUGACUGUGACAGGAUGAGUGGAGGAGUUAAACAUUAGACAUCGUGCAGGAACAACACUAUCAUGUAACUCUCAUAUCCCGAUCCUCAAUCAGUGUUGAAUGAAUGAUCUAUAACAAGGUUUUUCUGAUUCAGGUAUUUCUCCCUGGGUGGCCUUCAACCACAGACUGUCAGUGUUUAAAGUCACACACACACAUUUCCCUCUGUAAGUGAUCAAACACUGCUGGAGGAAGUAAUUUUUUAGAGCAAUGACCAAAAAGCUGACAUACAGACACAUGUAUAACAAAUAUCCCGACUACACCACAGAUCACAGAAGAUGUUUCAAACACAGGUCUGUUAAAACUUUUGUGUAGAUUUGUCUUCUUUAAUGUAACUCAGAAAAGUACAGCAGGAUUCCAAACAUGUCUCUGUGCACACAGAGUAUAUUGUGUGUUCAUAUCAAGUCCCAGAGGUUUUGGUUGAUAUGCAUGAGUACGGUGGCCAUGCAGGGCCAGUGUGGUGCUGAGGCCCAAAACAUCACCUCAAACAAGAAGGAGGAUUAGAUACAAGUCUUCCAUCUUUAAGUUUAGGUCCCGCCCAUGAGAUUAAACUAAACUGCAACCAAAGUUUAGGAUUAAAAAGAAAAGCU